GCUGUCAUUUGACGUAAAUUUUGAUUUGAGCGAAUUUCGUCAGAAAAGCCACGCGAACAUUAAAAAUAAUUUGCCGGGUGGGCAAAAUCUUUUAAAUCAAUACUGUUUCAUAGUUUUAAAUGAAAAACAUUCUUACUUUAGUGUAUAACUGUAGAGUUCAUAGUAAACAUCUGCCAGCUGUCUUUACCCAGCUGAGACUUUCAUAUAAUCUUCCGCAGUGGGGGAGUAAUAAGACUCAUAGAAAAAUCAAAAUCCCCAAUCCAUUUCGAGAAAUAAUUAUGGCCGAUCCUAAGAUUGAAGAAAUCCUCGCUCCGCUUCGUGCCCACGUAAAGGAACAAGGUGAUUUAGUUAGAAAACUAAAAGAUGAAAAAGCACCUGAAAUCGAUAUUAAAAAAGCUGUUGCUGAAUUAAAAACUAGGAAAAAGGUACUCGAAGACAAGGAGUUAAGCUUAGCGCCUACUGAAGAAUUAUUCGACCGCUCAAAAAUGGAAGACCUCAUCAAAAGAAGAUUCUUUUACGACCAGUCAUUUGCUAUUUAUGGUGGUAUUACAGGUCAAUUUGAUUUUGGGCCAAUGGGUUGUGCUCUCAAGAGCAAUAUGAUCCAGUUGUGGAGAAAAUAUUUUAUCUUACAAGAACAGAUGUUAGAAGUUGACUGUUCAAUAUUAACUCCCGAACCUGUGUUGAAAGCCUCCGGGCAUGUUGAGAGAUUUGCCGACCUGAUGACUAAAGAUGUCAAAACAGGAGAGUGUUUCCGCCUCGAUCAUCUUAUUAAAGCUCACCUGGAAAAAAUUAAAAGUGAGAAAAACACCACAGCAGAGCUCAAGGCAGAUAUUGAAGAUAUUCUUGUUAAGCUAGACGGAAUGAAUGCUGAUGAAAUGUCAGCUCUCAUGAAGAGGUUCAAUAUGAAAUCUCCAAUCAGUGGCAAUGAACUGACUCCACCUAUUGAAUUCAACCUAAUGUUUAACACACAGAUAGGCCCGUCUGGUCUUGUGAAAGGUUUUCUUAGACCAGAGACAGCGCAAGGUAUUUUUGUAAACUUCAAACGUCUUCUGGAGUUCAACCAAGGCCGGCUGCCAUUUGCUGCAGCUCAAAUAGGCAACUCAUUCAGAAAUGAAAUCUCUCCAAGAUCUGGACUCCUAAGAGUUAGAGAAUUCACCAUGUGUGAAAUAGAACAUUUUUGUGAUACUAAAGACCACCCUAAAUUUGAGUCUGUUAAGGAUACUCAGAUGUUGUUCUACUCAGCAGACAGCCAGGAACAGGGAAGGCCAGCUGAAAUUUUGACUAUAGGUGAAGCUGUGGCUAGAGGCACUGUCAACAAUGAGACAUUAGGUUACUUCAUGGCAAGGAUUCAACUGUACAUGUUAGCAGUUGGCAUUGACCCUAAGAAGCUCAGGUUCAGGCAGCAUAUGGGAAAUGAGAUGGCUCACUAUGCAUGUGAUUGUUGGGAUGCAGAGUGCUUAUCAAGUUAUGGAUGGGUCGAGUGUGUAGGCUGUGCUGACAGAUCAGCAUAUGACCUCACUCAACACACCAAAGCCACUGGCACGAGACUUGCUGCAGAGAAAAAACUCCCUGCUCCAAAGCAGAUUGAAGUUGUGGAAGCAGUGCCUAACAAGGCUGCUAUUGGUAAGGAAUUCAAGAAGGAUGCAAAGGUUAUUAAUGAUGCCCUAGCAGCAAUGGAUUCUGCAGCUUUAGAACAACUCCAAGAGAAAUUAGAAAGCGAUGGAGAAUAUGUACUCAAUACUGCAAAUGGUGAUUUUAAACUCACUCCGAACAUUGUGAGCGUUAAGAAAAGUCUGAAGACAAUUCAUGUAGAAGAGAUCAUACCAAGCGUCAUAGAACCAUCAUUUGGUGUUGGAAGGAUACUCUAUUGUAUUUUGGAACAUAACUUCAAAAUGAGGGAAGGGGAUGAGCAGAGAACCUACUUCUCUUUACCAGCUACUGUGGCACCUAUGAAGUGUGCUGUCUUGCCAUUGAGUGGAAAUGCAGAAUUCCAACCUUUUGUGAGGGAAUUAUCCCAAGAAUUAACUAAUGUGGAUGUAUCCCACAAAGUUGAUGACUCAUCCGGCUCAAUUGGUAGAAGGUAUGCUAGAACAGAUGAGCUUGGUGUGCUGUAUGCUAUCACUGUUGACUUUGACACUAUGAAGGAACCUCAUACUGUAACACUGAGAGAAAGAGAUAGCAUGGGACAAAUUAGACUACCUUUAGCGGAUGUUCCACAUGUGGUACGAGAUCUAGCUAACAGUAAAAUAUCAUGGGCAGAUGCAGAAGCAAAGUAUCCUAAAUUUGAACAACAAGAAAAUGUAAAAGGUGCAGCUGCAUAAUAUGACGCAGAUGAAUGUUAGCACAAGUGCUUUUAUCAAUAAAAAUAUAUGAUUCAUAUUUAUUAUUUUAGAUUAAGCUAAAAUUUUUGCAAAAAUGAAAAUAAAUUGCUUAAAUGAA